AAAGUGGCACCAGUGUGCAGGUCACCACAUCGUGUCAAACAAAUGCCAGCUAUGAACCGCCUCCCACUCCUCAGCUGCCAUUAAAGCAUGUAGAUACACCGGGAUCUACGAGGUCCUGCAAGAGUGUGGAGAUAAGGCAAAAGCAGUCACGGAGUCAGAGUGUGGUUCAAGCCAUGGAGGAGAGCUAUGAGGUCGACCUGGUCUACAUCACAGAGAGAAUCAUCUCUGUCUCUUUCCCCGCCGGGGCUGAGGAGCGCAGCUACAACACCAACCUCAAAGAGGUGGCGACGAUGCUGCGGUCAAAGCAUGGCGAGCACUAUCUGGUGCUCAACCUGAGCGAAAGAAAGAAUGACUUAACAAAGUUAAACCACAAGGUUCUUGAGUUUGGCUGGCCAGACCACCACGCGCCAGCACUCGACAAGAUCUGCAGCAUGUGCAAGGCCAUUGACACAUGGCUCAAUGGAGACCCGCGCAAUGUGGUGGUACUACACAAUAAGGGGAACAGAGGUCGAACAGGAGUAGUGGUGGCUGCGUACAUGCAUUACAGCAACAUAUCUGCAAGUGCUGAUCAGGCAUUGGACAGAUUCGCAAUGAGGCGCUUCUAUGAAGACAAAGCACUUUCUGUGGGUCAGCCAUCACAGAUGAGGUAUGUGCGAUACUUCAACGGCCUUCUGUCAGGACACAUAAAAAUCAACAACAAGCCUCUGUUCCUGCAUCACGUCAUCAUGCACGGCAUACCUAACUUUGAGUCCAAAGGAGGUUGCCGUCCUUUCCUGAAAAUCUACCAGGCAAUGCAACCAGUCUAUACGUCAGGAAUCUACAACGUGCAAGGGGACAGCAACACCAGUAUCUGUAUCACCAUUGAACCUGGACUGCUUCUAAAAGGAGACAUUUUGCUGAAGUGUUACCACAAGAGAUACAGAAACCCAACCAGAGACGUUGUGUUCAGGGUGCAGUUCCACACUUGUGCCAUCCAUGACCUCGGGGUGGUUUUCGGGAAGAACGAGCUGGACGAGACCUUCAAAGAUGACAGGUUCCCAGAGUACGGAAAGGUGGAGUUUGUUUUCUCAUACGGACCAGAGAAAAUCAGAGGCUUGAGCCACUUAGAGAAUGGGCCGAGCGUUUCAGUGGACUACAAUACCCAGGACCCUCUGAUCCGCUGGGACUCAUACGAGAGCUUCAGCCAGCAUUGUGAGGAAGCCGCAGAUGCUGACCACGAUGUUGUUCAUACCCAGGGCCCACUUGAUGGGAGUCUGUAUGCCCAAAUCCGCAAAAAAGACUCCCUGGAGGGAGUUGUCACUAUCAAUGGCCUCCCAGUCCGUGAAAACCCCUUGACUAACGAGAACCCAUUGCAACACACCAACCAUUCCCUGCAAACUACUGACCACACCCUUCCUGUGGCAGGGCACACUUCCCUCCCUGCUGUUGACCAUACUCUCUCCGUGAGCAGUGACUCAGGCAACUCUACCGCAUCCAUCAAGACUGAUCGUACCGAUGAGCAAAGCCAGUCUGUGCAGAGUGCUGUGAGCCACAACAAUCCUACAGCAACCCACCCACCACUCAGUCCACAAGAGAAAAGAGAGCUUGAUCAACUUCUGAGUGGCCUUGAGGUGCCAACUCAGCGCCAAGCCUUUCUGUCUUCAUCUACCUGUCCAGGAGCAGGAGUACGACACCUAGUUCCAGCGCAAGUGCAUGUCAAUGGGAGCCACACCAGGCUAGUGGGCGCCCCUUCGACAGAGGAGCGUGAGACAGAUAUUCUCGACGACGAGCUGCCUAAUAGUCAAGAGGGCAAUAGUGUGGACAGUUUGGGCACAAUCUCAUCCCUUGAGGGGCAGGCAACACCAGCUGACCUCUACUACCAAUCACAGACCCCCAUCAGUGGCCAGAACGACGGGUCAUACCUUGAUAGAAGCGCUCUUGGGGAAAACCUAAACGAGAUGCCUGUGCAUGGAGUACGAAGUCCUACAGCGAUGCAAGAGAGGUCUGUGGACUCAGCAUCGCCACAAGGCGGAUACAACAAUUACCAGAAUGGAGGAGGGAUGUAUCGUUCACAGUCCUUUGGGAACCCACCGGCCAGCAGCCCUGAGACCACCUCAAAACUGAUGCCCAGGGCCCCUGAGAGGAGCACCAGUAGUCGGGAUGCCGUUCAAAGAGGUCUCAAUGCCUGGCACCAGCAUAGCCUACCAGAUGAUCCAUUCGGCCCACCUCUUCAGUCAACCCAUAGCCUGCCCCACUUUCCCACCUCAGCUUCACAGCGUGACAUUGAGCAGUCCAUCGAGGCACUAAACAUGCUGAUGCUUGACCUGGACCCAAUCAACUCUCACAUGUCCAAGUCCCACAGUGCGCCCCCUGGGGAGAACAGCCUCAGUUCAUCCCAGGCACCUUUCUCCCAGACACUGGCCAGGCCAUCAUACCAGGCAGACUCUGCUAUCCACGGCUAUAACAGCUCUGGAUCAAUUGGUGAUGCCAUUCAUCAGCCUCAUUACUCAUCUGGGAGAGUCAGUCAGAGCCCAGUUAUGGAUUCUCCAAUGCAUUCUCCCCAGAGACCCCACACUGGCUACCAACACCAAAACACCACCCCAACACACACCCCUGAGCCCUACCUCCACACUCGCCAAGCAUCUCUUCAUUACACCACUGAUUCCAAUUUCAAUCAGCAAACCCCGCUGAAGCCUAUGAACUCACACCCAAGCAGUGGGGCUUCACACUCCCCAGAGCUGCAGGGCUCAUCUCCAUAUCCAGGCUAUAGUGCCUCAUCUUCACCCCUUCCCACUGUCACUCCGCAGCCCAAGGGCACAUCUUCUUCAUCCUUACCCAGAGAACAAGAUGCAGAGGAGGAGACGCUAAACUUGGAAGGCCUGGUAGCACACCGUAUUGCAGAGUACAACGCUCGUAUUCGGGGCAUCAGUGAAAGCAUGACACCACAACAAUCUGACCGCCACCGCUCCUAUUCCUUCUCUGGAGUUCGUUCCAGAGGGAUGACCCCAGAAGUGACACAGGAGACAGGAAGGCGUCGGACCACAAGCGAGGGACAGUACCAGAGCAGCCACGACAAUACAUCGCCAGUGCAUUCACCGGACUUUACCAACAAUCUCGCACAAAACCCAGGAGGAAGACCCAGAGAGGGUCCCACGCAAAGCUACCGAGAGGCGUUUCAAGACAGUGAAACAGACGCGUUUGCCAGCAAUCGCCCCUUUGGAGGUGGUGGUGGUGGUGGUGAGAAUUCCCCCCUGUCCCCCAGCUUCCAUACAACACCACAGUCUCCUUACUACAACAUGUCUCGCUCUCCUCCGGGUUUGAACAAGACUCCUCUGUCACCGUUGGGACUGAAGCCCUAUCAGCAGGGGGUUUCAGUCUCUCAUUCUAAUGAUUCUAAUGAUGGAGAACAAGAUAAUCGUGGCUUUGGGGACCCGAGGGCGCAGCCCUUGAAUCCUCCUCUCUCCUCCAGCAGUCCCAUCCACAGCGCUGAUGGGAGGAGGACGAGUUCUUCAGAUGGCACCCCGCACAGCCCCUCUUCAAUGCACGCCCACAGGCCUGCUUCCCCAGACGGAUCCCAGGUCAACAUCAUGGGCGUCCACACUGUCCCCGGCAGCCCCAACACCCUCCACCGCACAGUGGCCACCAACACACCGCCGAGCCCUGCGCUGCAAAGACGCCUUGGUCAAGCCAGCCCUUCACUGGGCAGGCACCCGCCUCCAUCCGGUGUCCCCUCCAGUCCUCUGAUUGGCCGAAACCCUAAAACAGCGGCCGCCGGUGUGCCACCCAGCCCUCUGAUGGGGCGCCGCACGACAGCAAGUGGCCACAGCACACCCGAUGAGUUGGGCGCUGCCUCUCGCCAGGGGGGCAUCCUUCAGCCUGCCACGCCUGCUUUCCCCGUCUCCCCACAGCUGCCUGAGAAGAGACACAUGUCCAGUGGAGACGCAGACAGGAUGGAGAACAAAAACCUGACGUCAACACCAAUCAGUGGGAGCAGCACACCUAACCUGUCUGGCACACACACACUCCCAGAUGUCUCUAAGUCCAUUUAUGAUGGUUAUCCUGAUAUUAAGAUGAAUGUCAAGUUUGUCCAGGACACCUCCAAGUACUGGUACAAGCCAGACAUCUCCAGAGAGCAAGCCAUCAAUUUGUUGAAGGACAGGGAGCCUGGGGCGUUCAUCAUAAGGGACAGCCACUCUUUCCGUGGGGCCUAUGGUCUGGCCAUGAAAGUGGCCUGCCCCCCACCAACUGUCCAGCAGAACAAAAAAGUUGGCGAUGUGACUAACGAGCUGGUGCGGCACUUUCUGAUUGAGACGAGCGCCAAAGGCGUCCGACUGAAGGGCUGUCCCAAUGAGCCCUAUUUUGGAUGUCUCUCUGCUUUGGUGUACCAACACUCAAUGACUCCUCUGGCUCUGCCCUGCAAGCUGAUGAUCCCCACCAAAGACCCCAAUGAAGAAGCGCUAGAACUCGCCACACCAACUGAUCCAGUUGUUGAACUUCUUAAGCAGGGAGCAGUCCAGAAGGUUCCCGAGGAAGCCCAUGCGUGCAAUGUUCUCUACAUCAACUCUGUGGACAUGGAAUCGCUCACUGGGCCUCAGGCUAUUGCAAAGGCAAUUACGCAGACGCUGUCAACCAACCCUCUGCCCGCUGCCACCACCGUCCACUUCAAAGCGUCCACACAGGGCAUCACGCUCACUGACAGUCAGAGGAAGAUUUUCUUCAGAAGACAUUAUCCCAUAAACACAGUAACCUACUGUGAUGUCGAUCCCCAGGACAGAAAAUGGGGCAAAGAAGGAGGUGGCUCAGUGAGGCUUUUUGGAUUUGUGGCACGGAAACAAGGAAGCACAACAGACAAUGUCAGCCACCUGUUUGCUGAGCUGGACCCAGAUCAGCCCGCCUCCGCCAUAGUCAGCUUUGUCUCUAAAACGAUGAAGCGGUGAAACCCUUCAUGUUCAAAUGGCAGUGGCCGUUUUGCAAUCUUCCUUCAUUGUUGGUGUCCUCUUUGCCAGGGCUGGAUGGAGUCUUUUCUUUUCUGUUUCAUGUUGGGGUUUUCUUUUCUAUUUUCCUCCUCUCUUUUUUUCCUCCCUGCCUUGCUGGUUUAACUCGGUCUCUUUGAAGUAGGUUUUGUUUGAAGGCUUUGGCGUGGAUCGAAACUGGAGCUAGAGGACGUGCAGUGUGGAGCUAUGCAUGUGACAAACAUGGAAGCCAUUGGAGGGAGAAGAUUUAUCCACGGGGUAACCUGUGCUAGGCGAAUUUGCUCGCUAAAGACUAAAAGAAAAAUGCAAAGUCAAGUCAGGGAAGAUGUGAGAAAGUGUACGUUUCAGGGUUUUCUGUUGUUUUUUUGUUGUUGAUUGAUUUACCAAAGGUAGCUGCAAUACAAGUGCGAGAAUGAUGUAGACGUUAAGCCAUUGUUAUUUCUUUUCAAAAGAUAAAGCAUUGAAAAAAAAAAAAUCAGUUUUCUUGAACUCAUCUUCAGGAAAAAAAAAAAAAAAAAAAAAGUUGGCCUUGGUGGCUUUUAGCAAAACAGUAUCUGAAGACAUUAUGCAUGUUAGCUUGAUCUUUAAGCUCGACUCUUCUACCUUCCACAAAAGUCAUUGUGAAAUCCUUAGAGUGGUCAUUUCCAGGUCUGUUUUGUGUUGGAAAGGGCUCUGCAGUGAAACAACAACUGAUUAAAACUGCACUUAACAGACCAGACUCAAAAAAAAAAAAAGAAAAAGAAAAAAGAAAAGAAAACAACGCCACGCUAAGGCCACCGAACUCUGGGUCAGUGCAGCCACUCUUGCAUCACCUCAGCAUCCAAGUCUGAGCCUGAUUUUUCUCUCUAAAAUCCUCGCUUCUCGGAUUAUCCGCCUGACAUGAGCAAGCUCUCGAUUGCAUGGCAGACAGACAGAGAGAGAGAGACUUUUUUUUGUCCACAAGAUGGAGCCACUGAUUCAGGCUGGGACUCUUUCCUCCCAACAUCACACAGACUUGCUCAUCACCAACUGCUUGCAGUAGUGGAUCUGUUGAUAGACGCUGCCACUGAAACACACUGGAAAUCACCAGGGACUGGCCCAAUGACCUGGACCUAUGCACUGUUCUUUAUGCAUGUUGUUGUCCCAAAAUGCACCCCCCCACCCCCCACCCUCAU